UGGGUCGAUUGGAGAUUUUAGUUCCUAAUUUCAUGGCUCGGGUGCUUACUUUCCUAAUGUGUCGGAGAUCUCUAUCUCAGUCAAAUGACACAUGUCCUUCUUUCCCAGUUUGUUGGAUUAUGGAGGCAAUGGAAAUAAAUGGUGAAUCAAAUUAAUUAAUGGAAUAAUAAAACCUUUUUUACUAGGCACUGGCAGUUACUCCUUCGCCCUCGCUCUGCUGUAUAAAAAAAAACAUUCCUUUAGUUGCGGUCAAGAACAAAACUGUUAACUCUCUGUCUCUUGAAUACUGCAUUUUCCUUGAACCUUUGAUUUUCCCGGAAAAGGAAACACUGAAAUAAGAAAAAACACUGACUCAGGGCUUUCACAAUGAGAUGGCAUUCCUUCUACACCAGAGCCUCUCAGGCUUUUCACGACCAUCCUACCAUCUCCAAAAUUCUCAUCGUUUUCACUCUCAGUGGCGGUGGACUGGUGGCAUCUUCUAAUGGCAGAUUGCUGUAUCCUUCUGCAUAUGCUGAUGCAGUCCAACAAGAUGACUGCAAGAAGAAGAAGGUGGUGGUGCUUGGAACAGGAUGGGCUGGUACCAGCUUUCUGAAGAACCUUAAGAGCUCCUCUUAUGAUGUUCAUGUUAUUUCUCCUCAUAAUUACUUUGCCUUCACCCCUUUGCUUCCCAGUGUCACUUGCGGCACAGUCGAAGCACGCAGCAUCGUUGAACCAAUUCGUACUAUCACAAAGAAGAAAGGUUUGGGUAUUAAAUUUAGGGAAGCUGAGUGCUAUAAGAUAGAUGCAGAGAAGAAGGUGGUGUUCUGUCGAUCAAGUCAAAACACGAAUUUGGGUGGCAGAGAAGAAUUUUCUGUAGACUACGACUAUCUGAUAAUAGCCAUGGGAGCUAAAUCCAACACUUUUAACACCCCUGGAGUUGAGGAAUAUGCUCACUUCUUGAAGGGAGUGGAAGAUGCUCAGAGGAUUCGUCAGACUGUAAUUGAUUGUUUCGAGCGAGCCAGCCUUCCAAAUCUUAGUGAAGAAGAGAAGAAGAGAACUCUUCACUUUGUAAUAGUUGGAGGUGGUCCAACUGGGGUGGAAUUUGCCGCAGAGCUUCAUGAUUUUGCAGUUGAGGACUUAGGAGUGUUGUAUCCUUCAUUGAAAGACUAUGUGAAAAUAACCCUCCUAGAGGCAGGGGAUCAUAUUUUGAACAUGUUUGACAAGAGGAUUACUGCCUUUGCUGAAGAAAAAUUUCAAAGAGAUGGGAUUAGUGUAAAAACUGGUUCCAUGGUGGUAAAAGUAAGUGACAAGGAAAUCUCCACCAAAGAAAGAACAACUGGUGAAUUUGUGUCUGUUCCUUAUGGAAUGGUCGUGUGGUCCACCGGCAUUGGCCCUCGUCCUCAAGUCGUCGAUUUCAUGAAGCAGAUUGGUCAGACUAACAGAAGAGCUUUGGCGACCGAUGAGUGGCUAAGGGUUGAAGGAUGUGAUGACGUCUAUGCUCUUGGUGAUUGUGCUACCAUAAAUCAAAGAAGAGUCAUGGAAGAUAUUGCAGUAAUAUUCAGUAAGGCAGACAAGAACAAGUCAGGAACUUUAGGCCUGCAAGAUUUUCAAGAAGUGGUAGGUGAUAUCUGUGAGAGGUACCCUCAAGUAGCGCUCUAUCUGAAGAGGAAUCAAAUGAAGAACUUUGCAGCUUUGUUGAAGAAGUCACAAUCGGACGCACAGAAUCAUACGGCUGAACUGGAUAUCGAAACCUUUAAAUCCGUACUUUCUGAAGUUGAUUCUCAGAUGAAAAAUCUGCCUGCUACUGCUCAAGUGGCUGCUCAACAAGGUGAAUAUCUUGCAAGCUGCUUCAACCGGAUGGAGCAGUGUGAAAAGUACCCUGAAGGCCCUCUCCGAUUUAGAGGGACUGGACGCCACCGGUUCCAUCCUUUCAGGUAUAAGCAUUUUGGGCAGUUUGCUCCUCUGGGGGGAGAACAAGCUGCAGCUCAACUACCUGGAGAUUGGAUCUCAAUUGGUCACAGCAGCCAGUGGCUUUGGUACUCCGUUUAUGCAAGCAAGCUAGUAAGCUGGCGCACAAGGUUUCUGGUCAUCUCAGAUUGGGGUAGAAGAUUCAUCUUCGGCAGAGAUUCGAGCAGAAUCUGAUAUCUCCUUUAAGAAACAGCCUCAGUUAAACUUCUGAUUUUAUUAAAGUUGUUAAACAUUCAUAUCCCAAUUUUGUUAUGCUUUAAUUGCAGUUCGAAUUUAAAUUUUGGCACUCAUGUAGGUCUUGUUGAGGUUAUAGAAAAAGUUACUGAUAU